AUGCUGAGCCCGACGGUGAUCGCAGAUGCGGGCCGUCGGGCCCGCUUGGCAGAGACCCCCUUGGAGCCGGUGCAGGUCGCUCAGUGGGGUCUGAUUUGGCGUAUCGCUCGACGCAUCGCUGUCUCUCUCGGCGGUGGGGCGACUGCUUGGGAAGAUUGGGUGGACCUCGACCCUUUCGAGCCCAAGAAAGAGGCGGCGGCAGCAGCCCCGGCUGUUCCUGCAGGGAGCUCGAAGGAGAACGUGGUCAAGCUGUCUAAGGUGCUGGGCCAGGGCGACGAGUCGGAGAUCGCGCUCGCGUCCAGCUCUACUCAUCAGAAGUGGGUGGAGGCAUGCGCGGCUGCGACGUCGGGCGAGGACCCGGUUCCAGAGGAUACGCCUUCCAUCCAACAGUUGACGGCGCUCCACCACCGCGUGUACGCCAUGAGGUCUACUCCUUACGCAGACUUCGGGGUAUGGGGGCCUUUUGGGCGAAAGGCUUAUCGCAACAUGCAGUUUCGGGCAUGGUUCCUCCUACCUGGUGGAGGUUGGCUGGCGAAAGAAUUGCCCGGCCCAGCCAACUACGAUCAGUGGUUGAUGUCGUGGAGGGUCUUCGCGACGGCCUGCAUUAUGCUCGAGAUUGCAUCGAGGGCGGCACUGGAUGCUUACCAGCGCCACGUCGAACGGCUGGCGACUCAGUGGCCCGAUGCGUGGCAUUUGAUAUACAUGGCAGACGGCAAGCUCAGGGCCGAGUUCAUCGAGAGGUUCCGGCGCACCGUGGUGAAGAACAUGAGCCUCGGCAAGGGGGCCCCAUCCGAUUGGAACGCAGAUAAGCCCUGGACCGCGUUGUUCCUCUACGCGGUGGCGAACCGCGAGUGCUGGAACGAGCAGGUGCGGGACCCGGUAGCAAUCCGGUCCUUGCCGGGGGGCGCCGACGCGGUGCGCAAGAAGCCCGGCUGGGGCCGGUGCGCCCCUGUCAACAACAAGGAGUUGGAGCGCGAGUGGUCGCCCAGCAUCCCCAGGGAGAGGUGCCGCCGCCGCUCGCGGGGCCGGAGCCGGCGUGCCCGAAGCGAGGCCCGGGCCGCGCCAACGGAGAAGAAAAUGCAGAUGUGCUACAGUUUCUCCAAAAACUUUGGCCCCUGCAAGGGUGCGGCCCCGGGGUCCAAGUGCCCGGCUGGGCGCCGCCACGUGUGCCGCGUUUGCGGCAGCCCCAACCGCGCGGGCCACGAGAAGAAGUACCAGGGCACGAGCGCCAAGGGCAAGGGCGACGGCAAGACCGGCAAAUCGGCCGGCGAGUUGACGGCGCCGCGCAAGCUGGCCAGGGAGCUGGAGAACACCACCUUCCCGGGGGGAAUGCGGAAUCCAGCCCGGGCGGUUGGCUUGAAGCCAGGCUUGGCUCGCGCGGGCGCUGUGGCCAGGCGCGCGUUCGAGGAUUUCGUGGCGGACGCCCCAGAGGCACUCCGCAUCGUCCAUGCACUGGGUCACCAGUCGUGUGCUGGACCUCCAGCGGGGCAGGUGGAACGGUUGAGAAUGGGCUUGAGACGGGCGUUCAACAUCCCGGAGGAGAGGGUGUCGGCGCACGACCUUGGCGCCCCCUCUCCGUUGCAGGGCGCCUUGAUCCAGGGCUGGCUCCGGGCGGCCAACGAUCCAGAGAGCCAGUUGCAGGAGUGGAUCGAGCAAGGAGCGCCCCUGGGAAUUGAGCGGCCCAUCGUCCCGUGCGGGGUCUUCCCGCCGGUUGAGCCCGCCACCGAGUUCAAGCAUGUGCUCUCCUUGGAGGAGGCGGUGGCGUCCGGGAUGGGGAACUACGCCAGCUUGGACGACAACCCGGAGGACGCCAAGAUUGAGCUGGACAGGUUGAAAGCGAACGGUUUCUACAUCACCGUCGACGAGGCCACGGCUUUGGAAUGGUUUCCAGAUGGGUCCGUCGCCGAGCUCGCGCUCAUCGUCACCUUGAAGGCGAAUGGGACCGUGAAGAGGCUGCGGCGGCUUACUGGCAAACUGUCAUGGGCGGCCGGCGUCCUCCCUCGCACGCGUUGGGCAGUGAACAUCCUCUGGGCGAUCGUGGCUUCCGCGAUCAGAGACACCGCGAAAGCAGCGCAGGGCCAGGGCCAUCGCAGGGCGGGGCAUCGCAAAGAGUUCUUGGUGGCGACAUCGCGGUGCCGCUUGGCGUUGACGUGGCUGCUGGCCGUGUGGCGGGGAGUGCAGUCAGGCCCCAAAGUUCGAGAGGUUUCCCUCUGGCCAGGGGCGCCGAGAUUCGUGGUCGUGACAGAUGCUUCGCCGUGGGGCUUGGGAGCCAUUCUGUGCGACCGCCACGCCCAGGCCACCAUUGUGUACAUUGCCUCUCCAUUGAAUCACUGGGACACCCGGCUCCUCGGCAUCGCCAUCGGGGAGUGCACGUCCCAGGCGGUCGCGGAGCUCCUGGCGGUGGUCGUGGCCGUGAAGGCUUGGGGCAGGUACUUUAAGACAUCUACCACGUUAUUGGAAUUGCGCUCUGACUCCACGGCAGCCCUGGGGGUCGCCAACAAGCUGGCGUCGCCCAACAAGGUCUUGAACUUUCUUGCCGCGGAGCUGGCGCUUUUCCUGGAGACGCAUUGCCUCCCCGACCUCGUCGCCCAACACGUGGCCGGCUCAAGGAACGUCGUCGCCGACUGGCUGAGUAGGCUGCAAGCGCCCCAAGGGCAGCAGGGCGAAAACUCCGCGGACGCCAUCGCGCACGCGAAGCUCCGGAAGGUGGUCGACAGGGACUCCGGGUACUACACGCUCCCGGACCCGAUCAAGUUUACCGACCUCUGGGGCGAUUGCCUCGGGUCAAAUUUCGGGUCGACGUCCUGGUCGGCCGUGGGGUUGCGAGAGGGCGCGCCCUUCGUGUGCCAGUAG